AUGAUCUUGCUUAUGACCCUCCAUGUCACCCUCGUGCUUGUGCCAUCCAGGGUUAGCCCCCUUCAUUUGGUACCAGCUACGAGUACUGAUGAACUGCCAGCAUGUUUGACCAAGAAUUCCUACAACGAAGAGAAGUGCCAGGCCCAAAUAGACGCGCUAUAUGAAUGCUGCAAUGCUUUCUACCAGCAACGCGGCGAGGAUGCAAAGACACCCAGUUGUCCAAACGCCAGCCUACUCAGGGUCAAGAUGAGACAGAGGGCGCAGCAGUUGAGGUGA